CAUGGGCCGGACCGCGCCGCCACCAUGACCGCCGAGCCGCCGGCGCAGCUCCCUGCCGCCGCCCCCGCGGACCAUGUCCCAUGCCUUUUUUAGAUCUCUCUUUCGGGUUCUGCCACUGCUCCUUGUUCUGUCUCCAGUGAAUUCAUCUGGUUGUGCAAUGGGAAAUAAAACCACUGAAAUCCGUGUGAAGUAUGAGAAUAUACUAAGCCACGACAUCGAUGAGCUGGUAAAUAUGUCUGCAGAGUAUCGUGACAGGUGCUGCAAGAAUAAAAAACAUGAAAAUAACAAAGUGUUUUUCUGCAAUGAUACUCAGGAAAUAGAAUCACUACAGAGUAUGGCAUGCAACAUGCUCAGAUUCUUUCAUAAGCAAAAAAUCAGCAAAGACUUUAGAUGGAAAGCAGCAUUAGUCUCAUGUGGGACGUUACAGGUUCUACAGUGCAAAUGUGAAAGAAAUAAAAAAGAAAAGGUUUGCCCGCAGAUAAAUACACGUAAUAAAGAAGAUACAGAAACAGGUGAUCAGUCCAAAAAGAAAUGCAACCAAGAACUCUGUGAACUGAAAGAAAACAUAUCUAGCCUUCGAUCCUGCUGGAAUAAAUUUGAAAAAAUAAUUUCCAGGUGAUCCUGGGUACAUCCUGCUCUUUUCUUUCAAAGUGGCAUUAUUUGGUAUCUCUGCAUUUUAUAUGCAUUCUUCAACUCUGCUCGCUUAUAUGAACACUUUAUGCCAGACUUCUGAUGGAAAGCUACUGUUCCUGGAGAUGGACUAAACAGAAAUGGCUAAACCAAGGUGCUGAAGUGCAAGAAGCAGAAAUAAAAGAUCAGCAUUUGAAACCUAAAACUCUGCAGGAGGUUGUGUCCUGCCUUCCUGCUCAGGAGACUACUUCAAAUUUUCUGAUCUUUUGAGUAACUUUAUAAUACUGUCAUAUGAAAGCAAUCUGCUUGCGUGUCUACUGCAAUCUAUAAAACCAUCUUAGAAGGUGCAGGUGAAGAAAAGGGUACGGAAAAGUAGCUGGUUUCUUUAUAUAAAACACAUAAAGGACCGAAAGGAUCAAUUUACCAAACAAGCAGCUGAUCUUGGGUCUGUUCUGCUGAUGCAAUAAUGUUUUCAGCGUGGGUAGCUGACGGGUGUGCAAGCUGAGUUAGCUUUGGAAAAACAGGGAAAAGGUUCACUUUUUGAAAGACUUGGGAUUUUUAAGCAACGUGUAGCACACUUUUACUGUCUGAAGUAGAGGCCAGACAGCAAGAUCUAUGGAAGGCAAAAAAAAAAAAAAGGAGAUUCCUGAAUGUAAGUUUGUUCAGCUGACUGGAAACAGCACUAGCCUUAUGUAUUUGGUUAUCCUUGAGUCAGCUGCAGGAGGUAGAAUGUGUUACCUUCAGAUUGUGAUUUCUUAUAUGCAAUUAUUUUAUACAAUGUGUUUAACAUGUUAGGCAAACAUGACUUAAGAUAUGUGAAUAUUUUCAGAGAAUAAUAUA